CCAGAAGGCUCGCUUCCAAUAAGAUCCCAAACCCACUUCACACACGUUUCUUGCGAUUAUGGCCAUAAAUCGCAGCUGAGCGCUGGGCGCCAACGCUGCUGGGACGGACACAGCACAUAAGCGGAAAAAGCCAUAACAAUAGGCUGCGAGAAUUAUAAGUUUUACAUGCAACAACAAACGACAAGGCUUGCAGACUAUGACGGACUCUUAAGUGGACCUCUUACCUGGUUGGAGAAAUAUUUGUGCAACAUGUAAAAAAAAAAAAGACCAAACAGAGACUAACGUCAGUGUGGCGUACGCAACUCUCGAAGCCUGAAGCUCGGCACGACAUUCCUGGAUAUUUGGAAGAGCUGCUUAAAUGUCGCUCACGCAGUGGAAAAGCUGACGGUUCACGUGCAGCUCUAUGUGUAAAUAGUCCAUGAAAUCAAACAAACCGCGCUGAACGGGCGCCGAACAACCAACGUCAAUUGCGUAGCAUACCGCGUAUGAACUGAAGUGUGCAAGCAUUCCCUCUCACAGAACCAAAGACCUUUUUAACUGGAAUUAAUGCCGCUCCAUCCUUUCUCUGCAAAUCGUCAUUUAGUGUGAGGGCAUCCGUUUCUGUGGAGUGCGCGUUGCAGACACUGGGAAAUGUAAAUACUUUGUUCUGUAUUUCAAAGUGAGAGAGAUCAUGUCCUCCGGGACCGCAGUGGUGGAUCGCGCAGACACGGACCUGGAGGCUGUAGAAGCCCCCGUCCACGGACCGCACCGGAUAAGGCCCUCGUCCUACCGAGCGUUGCGCAGCGCUGUGUCGAGCCUGGCCCGCAUAGAUGACUUUUUUUGCGAGGAAAUCGGGUCAGGUUUCUUCUCAGAAGUGUUCAAGGUGAAGCACAGGAUCACUGGUCAGGUCAUGGCUCUGAAGAUGAACACUCUGGCCAGUAACAGGGCAAACAUGCUGAAAGAGGUGCAGCUCAUGAACCGCCUCCGUCACCCCAACAUCCUCAGGUUUUUCGGAGUGUGUGUGCAUGAGGGACAUCUUCAUGCUCUCACUGAGUACAUGAAUGGGGGUAACCUGGAGCAGCUCUUGGGCAGUGAUGUGUACCUGUCCUGGGCUGUGAGGAUGAGCCUUGGCCUGGACAUUGCCAGAGGACUGCAGUACCUACACAGCAAGGGCAUAUUCCACAGAGACCUCACAUCAAAGAAUUGUCUGGUGCGUUGGGAGAAUGGUAUUUGCACUGCUGUUGUUGGGGACUUUGGCCUUGCAGAGAAAAUUCCUGAUUACAGUGAUGGGACACAGAAGGAGCCUUUGACCAUCGUGGGCUCCCCCUACUGGAUGGCUCCAGAAGUGCUGAGAGGAGAGCAGUACGAUGAAAAGGUGGAUGUUUUUGCCUAUGGGAUCAUCCUCUGUGAGAUCAUCGGCCGAAUACAAGCAGAUCCAGACUUCCUGCCCCGCACAGAGGACUUUGGUCUUGACGUUGGAGCAUUUAAGCACAUGGUAGAAGACUGUCCCUCUGCAUUCUUCAAUCUAGCAGUCACCUGCUGUAGUAUGCGAGCCCAGAGUCGUCCCCCUUUUAGUGUCAUAGUGGUGGAAUUGGAGAGAAUGAGUGAUGAGCACCAGAAAGGGCAGACAGCGCAAUACGUCGAGCCUCUUUCCCAUAGUAGACCAUCACCAGGCCUGAGGACAUCGUCCCUGGACAUCCCGGCACAUAGCCAGCUGUCCCGCUGCAAGUCGGACAUGCUGCCCUCGCAUGCAGUCCUCCCUGCUUCCGGAACCCCAGCGCGGGUCAACCCCUUCUCCCAGCGCCAUGACCUCAACGGAGGACGCAUCAAACUCUUUGACACGCCCAGCAAAUCUGUCAUCUCUCUCACAUUCACACUGCCCCCGCCCCCUGAUCCAUGCAGCCCCACCCACUGUCGGAAAGCCCCACUCCGCCUCCACAGGCGCUGCCAAUCGCUGCCCUGCACACAGGAAGUCAUCCAGCUGCAGGAGAGUAAUAGUGAGUGCGAGUCACACUAUUGCAGUCCAAGUGUAGUGGAUCCUGAAACUGAGGAGGACCCUUCUCCCUGUGGUCACUUAUCACACAUGGAGAGGGGUAGUGUAUUGAGCACGUACACUGAAUUUGAUUACAAAAGUGUGUUCAGCAUUCACACAGAUGCCUCGGGUGUCAUGAACACACACAUCCAGGGUGGCAUAAACAUCAGUGUUUCAAGUGAAGUUGAAUCCCCUCAUGCUCUAUACCGGUCAAACUGCGUGUUCUCUCACUCUCUCAGUGAAUCGGAUGAACGAGGGGAAGACUCCAGCGAGAAAGAACUGGGAAUGGGAAAGCAAUGGAAAGAGGAGGACACUGAGGAGAGGAGGAACGAUCAGGGCUUUAUAGCUGAUGACUCUGGUCUCCCUGUAGAUUUUGAGUUAAUGUCUAUAGACAGACUGACAGAGGAAAGUGUGGAGGAGACUAUGGAUUGCGCCAGCACCCCAGAUGCAUCAGAUUGCAUCAUUCCCGAUUCCCCCAAUCCCUUCCCAAAUGGCUGGAGCCCCCCCAUAUCAAACGGGCCUCCUAACUUGCCCCCAUUAUCUGAUUUAGACAACAACAACAGCCCAGCCCUUGCACUUCAGCCCCUGGACUUCCCGGCCAAUGGUUUCCAUGGUGCUGUGACGCCUGUGACCCCUCCGGAGCAGGAAGAGGUCGUUACGUGUCCUGGCUGCUGCCUGGCAGGGUUCAGGUUCCCCUCUAUGUGUUCACGCCGAGCACGGCAGAACCUGUACAGGAACUUGAACAGGGAUCCGGCCAAAAGCGGACUCCUGUGCCGCGGGUCGGCACCUUCUCCUGCCGAGCCGGGUCGAGUCUUGCCUGGCACCGAGACAUAAGGCUAGUGCCGAAUGGUGGACAGCACUGCCCACCUGAUCAGAACCAGAGAUCAGAACCAAGCUUCCUACAGCAUAUCACGUAGCACACAAGUGUCGAUUUAAUGCUAUAGGGUGGAGCUUGUGGGCUCAUUUCCAGAGGUGAUCCAAUCACAAUGACCCAUUCUUCUAACUUCUUAAAUGUGCCUGUUGACCCCUGGGACAUUAUAGUCCCUGCAUGUGUUACUGAGAAUUGUUGUAAAAAUGAUUACUCUGAUGUUCUGAUACCACAGUUGACCUGUUGAUAUCGACCAUGAACUAAGGAGGUGCUGCACAUUGGUUACUUUGCUCUAGCUUGUGUGUGUGUGUGUGUGUGUGUGUGUGUGUGUGUGUGUGUGUGUGUGUGUGUGUGU